AUGUUUGCCGAUGACAUAAAGAUCUGGAGUACCAUACGAAGCGAAGUUGACGAGGCGCGACUGCAGACAAAUCUGGAUCACCUCGAGCAAUGGUCGAAAGACUGGCUUCUACCGUUCAUUGUAAACAAGUGUUAUUUCCUACGCGUCGGCAGAACCAAUAUUCCUAACCACACGGUCUACCGUCUGACUGGCAAACCACUGCAAGAAGUCGACACCCAGAAGGACUUGGGUUUAUGGAUCACAACCUCGCUUAAGCCUUCGCUGCAAUGCUCAAAGGUAGCCAAGUCGGCGAUGUCCAUUCUAUAUCUCGUCAAACGUGCGUUCUCCUCCUUUGAUGAAGACUGUUUCGCCAAGGUCUUUCAAACUUUCGUGCGACCGCACUUGGAGUUUGCUAUCCAAGCAUGGAGACCCUGGACCGCUAAAGACUUCGGCAUACUCGAAAAAGUUCAACGGCGAGCAACGAAACUCGUAUCUGGGCAGUGGUCAUCAUCCUACGAAACACGAUUAGCUAAUCUUGACCUCUUUCGUUUGAGUUACAGACAGCUACGUGGGGACCUGAUACAAGCUUUCCGCAUCGUGCGCAAUCAGGGCUGCUGCCUCGCGUUUGGAGACUUCUUCGAGUUGGCGACUACGACUAACCUGAGAGGCCAUCCACUCAAACUGCGUGUGGCUGGUGCCCGGCUAGACACCCGAAAGUUCUUCUUCUCAAACAGAGUGGCUGCAGCUUGGAAUGCCUUGCCAGAGGAUGUUGUUAUGUCGGACUCCGUAGAUACUUUGAAACGGAUGCUAUAUCAGCAUUGGAGCGCGCACCAAAAUAACGCCGGAUUACGGCCACCUUGA